AUGGGUGGUAAACAAGCUAAGCCUGUAUCGACUGAACUCACUGACAAACAACUUGCUUUACUUAAAGCUAAUACCAAAUAUUCAGAAAAAGGUACACAUGUUUAUAAUCUUUUCUAUAUAAUAUUAAUAUUUCAUGCUUACUUAUUUUGUUUUAAUAUAGAAAUUCGACAAUGGCAUACGGGUUUCAUUCGUGAUUGUCCCACUGGCAAACUUGAUAAGAAGAAAUUUGUCGAAGUUUACAAACAAUUCUAUCCACAAGGCAAACCAGAAAACUUUUGCAAAUAUGCUUUUGACACAUUUGAUACUAAUAAUGAUGGUUCAAUAAACUUUGAAGAAUUUCUUUUAGCUAUUUCAGCUACAAGUCAAGGUGAUCUUGAUGAUCGUCUUGCUGUUGCUUUUGAUAUGUAUGACAUUUCGGAUGAUGGACUAAUUGAUCAAGCAGAAUUAACGAAAUUGAUUACUGCUAUGUAUGAUCUUGUUGGUGAAAGUAAUCGUAAAGGUGAUAAUGAUCCAAAAAAACGUGCUGGAGAGAUUAUAGCUAAACUUGAUGUUAGUGGUGAUAAAAAAUUAACGAAAGCAGAGUUCGUUGCUGGAUGUAAAGGUGAUCCAGUUAUUCGUAAAUUACUUGCUCCCAACGCCUAA